GAGUACAAGAGGAAGCAGAUCGAGGAGCAGCGUCAGGCGGAGCGCCUGCAGAGGCAGCUGCAGCAGGAGCGAGCGUACCUGGUGUCUCUGCAGCAGCAGCAGGAACCCCCCCGGCCCCCCCAGGACAAGAAGCAGCUAUACCACUACAAAGACCAGGCCCCCGGCACCAACGACAAGCCGGCCUGGGCUUCCGAGGUGAUGCGCCGAGCUCAGAGCAACUCCCCUCGCAUCCCCCCCAAGAAGUACCACUCCUUCAGGGAGAAGCGGAACGUCGACAUGAACGACCUCCUCCGCCUCCCCGGUUUCAAACCCCGCCGCCGCAGACCCCCCUCCUACCCCGCUCACAACAGUCCUUCUAGGGGCAACAUGCACAUGCCUCAGAUCCGAGUCACCUGCAUCCCAGAGCCGGGGGCCCGCUGGCAGAGCCCCCGCGGCAGCCCCGACCGUGGCCCAGAGUCCAGGGGCCGCAGCCCCGGGCGCAGGGUGGAGGAGCAUUAUAAGAUGAACAGACAGACUUCUCCUGCGUUGCAGCAUAAGGUCGCUAACCGGAUCUCGGACCCAUCGCUGCCCCCCCGCUCCGAGUCCUUCAGCAGUGGAGGCAUCCAGCAGGCCCGCACCCCCCCAAUGCACCGCUCCGUGGAACCACAGAUGGCCCAUUUGGUGCAGGUGAAGAGCCACGGUCUGUCCGGGUCCCAGUCCCUGUACGACCCCCACGGCGUGUCCUCCUCCUCGGCGUCGCCCUCCCCCUCCCGACCUCCCAUGCCCCGGCAGAACUCCGACCCCACCUCUGACACCCCUACCCCCCUGCCCCUUUCCCGCCUGGCACCCCCCCUCGACAAGCUGGACCGCAGUUCAUGGCUGCGGCAGGACGACGACGUGCCCCCCAAGGUUCCUCAGAGGACGACCUCCAUCUCUCCUGCUUUAGUCAGAAAACACUCUCCUGGAAACGGACCAGGCCUCGGCCCCCGGGCUGGAGCCCACCUUAUACGGGCCAGCAACCCCGACCUGCGGAGGACGGACAUUUCCCUGGAUACGCCGCUGAAGAAGACAAGCAGCGGCAGCUCCUCCAGCUCCAGCACCCCGAGCUCCCACGGGGGGUCCAACGAGAGAGGUAACCAAGCAGUUAAUAUUGAGGGCUCAAGUCUUUCUUCUUCCCAUGAGAACAAAGAGGACGGCAGAGAGACACGACCCAGCCGGCCUGCAAGCUAUAAGAGAGCUGUAGACGAGGAGGAGUUGGACCUGACGGCUCUGGCCAAAGAGUUGCGGGAGCUCCGUCAGGGCGAGGAGACGAGCCGCCCCCCAGUCAAAGUGACCGACUACUCCUCCUCCAGCGAAGACUCCCACAGCAGCGAGGAUGAGGAGGGGGAGGGGGGGGCGAAUGAUGGGACCGUGGCCGUCAGCGACAUACCGCGGAUCAUGCCAAAUGCGGGUCAAGCUAUGAACGAGGCCUUCAGCAUGUUGGGAGGUCACAAUGAUGACUCGUAUGGAAACAGCUCACAGGACGGCACCCUGAUGAUGAGAGAGUACGGGAUGGGGAGCAGCGGAGGAUCCAAGUCUUCCUUCACUCCGUUCGUAGAUCCGAGGGUUUACGGGACCUCACCGACUGACGACGACGAUGAUAACACUUCUGCCUCAUCGCUUUUUUCUGACGAGCUUAUGAAGCAGGAGCAGGAGCAGGCGCGGCUCAACGAGGCCCGAAAGAUCUCCGUAGUCAAUGUUAACCCGACCAACAUCCGGCCGCACAGCGACACGCCCGAGAUCCGCAAAUACAAGAAACGCUUCAACUCUGAGAUCCUCUGUGCAGCUCUUUGGGGAGUGAAUCUGCUGGUGGGGACGGAGAAUGGCCUGAUGUUGCUGGAUCGAAGCGGUCAAGGGAAAGUUUAUAAUCUGAUUAAUCGACGGCGCUUUCAACAGAUGGACGUCCUGGAGGGACUCAACGUCCUUGUCACCAUCUCAGGGAAGAAGAACAAGCUGCGAGUUUACUACCUGUCCUGGCUAAGGAACAGGAUAUUACACAAUGACCCUGAAGUGGAAAAGAAACAAGGCUGGAUCACUGUCGGGGAGCUGGAGGGCUGCGUGCACUACAAAGUUGUGAAAUAUGAGAGGAUUAAGUUUUUGGUGAUUGCUCUGAAGAACGCAGUGGAGAUCUACGCCUGGGCGCCUAAACCUUACCACAAGUUUAUGGCCUUCAAGUCGUUCACUGAGCUUCAGCACCGCCCUCAGCUGGUGGACCUGACGGUGGAGGAGGGUCAGAGGUUAAAGGUCAUCUAUGGCUCCAGUGUCGGCUUCCACGUCAUCGAUGUGGACUCUGGAAGCCCCUACGACAUCUACAUCCCCUCACAUGUUCAGGGUCAGGUGACCCCACACGCCAUCGUGGUGCUGCCCAAGACGGACGGCAUGGAGAUGCUGCUGUGCUACGAGGACGAGGGCGUCUACGUCAACACCUAUGGACGCAUCACCAAAGACGUGGUGCUGCAGUGGGGCGAGAUGCCCACAUCCGUCGCCUACAUCCACUCCAACCAGAUCAUGGGCUGGGGAGAGAAGGCCAUUGAGAUCCGCUCCGUGGAGACGGGACACCUCGAUGGAGUUUUCAUGCACAAGCGAGCUCAGCGACUGAAGUUUCUAUCGGAGAGGAACGACAAGGUUUUCUUCGCCUCGGUGCGCUCUGGAGGAAGCAGCCAAGUCUUCUUCAUGACCCUCAACAGAAGCUCCAUGAUGAACUGGUAACCUUCAACAACACGAGCCUCCUCUUCUUCACUCUGAACAUCGGCCGACAUCAGGAGGACAGUGUGUUUGUUUGUGUGUGUAUGUGUGUGUGUACAAUGUGUGUCUGGAGGAAAUCAACGAGCUGCUGAAGGGACGAAAUUGCAACUGGAGUAAACUCGCAGUAAAAACAGCAUCCAACCUCUAGGUGGCGCUGCAGGUCACUCCACACACUGACAGCGGCCUUCGCUGUGGACGUUUCCUCUCGAGGGUUUUUAUUCCAGACUUUAAAGGACGAUGACAUCACGCCGAGUAGCCUUUGACUUCCUGGAGAAAAUCUCUGUGUAGCACAUUAAUGAUUCCUGACAGGGUGUUCACACUGCGAGCAUGAUUUCCUGCUUGUUGGUGAAGAUGCCGGUGGGCUGAAUUCAAUCAUACAGCUUUUACAGGGCUGGGUCAUAGUAAGAAACAAAUCCUACUUUCUAAGAUAGCAUCAACAGAAGAAUUUUUGUUUUCAAAAUAGCAGAUGCAGCUGGUUUAAAAGUCACCAAAAUCACUUUGCAGUACAUCCGCACUAGGCUGGCUAAGGUUGUCCAAAAUCCAUAAGAAAUCCAUAAACUCUCACCAAAUGUUGAGCUGUGGACAAGCAAGAAUGAGUCGUUGGAAGACAACCUCAAUCUGCCAUUAGGGCUGCACCAAAUAUUUAAAAAAUGCAAUAAACUUGUUGAAUAUAUCACAAAAGAUAUUAAUUACGAUUGAUAAACCGAUAUUAAAAAGAACUGUCUCUUCUACAUCUAAAAUAUUAACGGACAAAUAAAAACAUGUUUUGUCUCCCCUGAAUAUUGAGUGCUAUCAUUUAUCUGACAUGCUUCAAACGGAUAGGAAUCAGGUAUUUGGCAGAUAUAGAAGACUUCAUUAGAAUCACCUAACCUUUCAAAGACAUUUGCCUUUCCCUAAUUUGUGUUAUAUGACAAAUAAUCUUUACAACAACCUAAAAAUGCUGAUGUAAACACUCGUUAUUUUCCAGCUUUUUCCGUCUAAGUGUGGAAGUACGCUGAAUCAGCCUUUUUAUCAUCAUAAGACCAAAUAUUGAAUUCAGAUUUUAUAGUAUAUGAUGAAAAGUGAUGACUGAUCUUCAUGGAUGUUUUCUAGACUCACAUCUUGUAGCAAAACCUCAAAGGGUGUUCUCUUAGCGCUGUCAGAUGUUUUAUGAUAAAGCACAUCACAAUCCAUAAAACCGGGAGAAGUGGAGCUCUGUUUUUCCCCUGAUCAUUGCUCUCUGUCUGUAGGAAAUGAAAGGACUUUAUGAUGGUGUUGCUCACAGUGUGAACACUCACUUUGAGUGCUGCUGCUGCUGAAACACCUUCUGUCUCUUCCCCUUUAGAAGAAAAAGAAUUACAAAAAAGCAGUGGAAAAUGGGGGAUUUUAUACUUGUUGUUGAGGAUGCACAGCUUCUUUGUCCUGGUGUAUAUCUGGCAGGGGAAGGAAGGUUGUAGAUAUUGUAUUAUUGCUGCAACAGCAACACAAUAACUUCACAUCAUUUCUCACAAAAAGGACUUGGCGUAGGGUAGUUGCCAACUUCUGGAAGUUUUUUGUUUCUUCUUCCACCUUUUUUUCUGUCCCUGCUGUUCUGUGUACACUGUGUAAAUACUCACUUUGAUGUUAAGGACAGUUUUUGCAAAAGCAGGUGAGAAUACACAAGAAAGAAAACAAGAAAGUUUUGCUUUUAUUUCAUACCUCUGUCAAAUAUGUCCAUCAAGAGUGGACUUACACAAAAGAUUUGUUUGGGUUGACACCUCAAGUUGACUCUUUUUCUGCGUAGUUCGUCACUGUUUAUUAAGUUUUGCAUUUUGCAUGGUGACAAACAUGUUUUACCUGUCGUCACUUAUUAUAAAUUGUAAGUUUAAGGCAAUACACAGAAGCUGGACGCUGAGAGACAAACUUUCUACACUGAGCUGUACAUUCAACGUUUUGAAACUUAGCUUUGCCUCUGUGCUUUUAUCUCAUGAGAAACAGUCAGAUAAAUCAAGAUUGCAGACUGGAUUAUUAUACAUUUACCAUCAAAUUUAUACUUUUUGUUGAUGCUCACACUUAGAGCAGCUUAUAAAGAGCCAGCAGGGCGGGCUCAGCAUCACUUUUGAGGACAUUUUCUACUUUUUACCCUUUGAUGAUUGUCUCUGUAAACGCUGAUGGUUGUGGGAUCGUGAUCAGGCUGCGAGAGAGGAAAGAUGUUCACUUUUUACUUGAUAUUUCUUUUGAUUGUUCAUUUAUCUUAAAGGAUGUUACAGGUUUUCCAUGUGCAGAAUGUUAGCAUUAAUCAGCCUGUGAAUAAAGGUCAGGGUCCGUGUGAGAGACCAUAGAUAAAAAGAUAUAUAUACUGUAAGAAUUUUCGUUUAUGAUGAUAUCUUACUGAUCAUUUUAGAGGAAGACAAAAAAUAAUAAUGUUCACUAAUGAAAGCUUAGUUGUCUUUCUACAGAAUAGAAAACAUAGCUAUAAGAAUUUCUAAAAAGAAAAAAAUACAAUGUUUUUAUUGUGGUAUUAUUUGUAUUUGUAUUUCAAUUUUGUACGUAUCAGGACUGUGAACGUAUGUACGGCUGUCAGCCUGUGAGUGUGUGUGUCUGUGUGUGUGUGUGUGUGUGUGUGUGUGUGUGUGCGUGUGUGUAUGUAUGUGUAGAUGAGCAUGUGAGUGUACGUUUUCACCUUGUCUGAAUCACUGGUAUCAGUCAAAAAGACGACCUCAAUCUGGUAACACACAUCUGUGAUGUU